AUGGCUAACGAGGGGGGAGCAAGCUCCCAAGCUUUUGAUCUUAAACUUUUCACAGAAGCAAUCAAAGGCGAAUUGGGACGCAUGAUGGACCAAAAACUUGAACUGAUGCACCAACGCAUUGACAGCUUAGAGUUGUCUCAUGGAAGCUCCAAAGGCAACCGUGGAAAGGCUUAUGCACAUGAGUCUAGCGACUCUAACUCAGACAACAACUAUGAGCAUAAGCAAAGUAGGUCUAAGCGUGACGCUAGGCCUUCAAAUGACCACAUUCCGGGCAUAAAGAUGAAAAUUCCACCCUUCCAAGGACGAUCAGACCCCGAUGCCUACUUAGAGUGGGAGAAGCGGAUUGAACUUGUCUUCGACUGCAAUACUUACUCGGAGGAGCAAAAGGUCAAGUUGGCCGUGAUCGAAUUCACCGAUUACGCCGUUGUAUGGUGGGAUCAACUCUCCACUAGUCGAAGGAGGAGUCGUGAACCUACCAUACAAACUUGGACGGAGCUAAGACGACUAAUGAGGAAGCGUUUCGUGCCAAGUCACUACUACCGUGACUUGUAUCAAAAGCUUCAAACCCUCAACCAAGGAGCACGAAGUGUCGAGGACUAUCACAAGGAAAUGGAAAUACUCAUGCUACGGGCAGACAUCAUGGAGGAUCGAGAAGCAACAAUGGCACGCUUCUUGAACGGAUUAAGGCCCGAAAUCGCUGAUCAAGUGGAGUUACACCACUAUGUGGAACUUGGGGAUCUGGUGGAAAAGGCCAUCAAGAUUGAAAGGAGGAUUAAGAGGAGGGGUUCGACUCGGAGUUACUCCAACUUUUCACCCUCUUAUCUCCGAACUACACCACCAAAGAAAGAGGAUAAAGGGCCGAGUAAUUCCAUCCCUUCAAGACCGAGGCCGGAUAUGACUAAGUGGGAGUCUAAGGCAACACCAAAGACUGCCAUUGAGUCGAGCAUGGGGCGAAAUCGAGAUACUAGAUGCUUCAAAUGCCAAGGCCGAGGGCAUAUUGCUAGCCAAUGCCCGAACCAACGCGCUAUGAUCAUCUUACCCAAUGAUGGAGGUAGUUGUGCUAACGUCGCUAGUGCCUUGAUGGUGGAGAAACUAGCACUACCCACUCUACGACAUCCAACACCUUAUCGUUUGCAAUGGUUGAACGAUAGUGGGGAUGUUCGUGUGACCAAGCAAGUCCAAGUACCUUUCCGAAUUGGAAAGUAUGAGGACGUGCUGUUAUGCGACGUGGUCCCUAUGCAAGCAUGUCACAUACUAUUGGGGAGGCCAUGGCAAUUCGACAAGGGAGUUACAUUCGAUGGCAUUACCAAUAAAUACUCCUUCAAGCAAGGCGAGAAGAGGAUUGAAUAUGAGGAUGUCUUCCCCGAUGAGAUUCCAAAUGGACUACCACCAAUAAGGGGAAUUGAGCAUCAAAUUGACUUGGUUCCAGGUGCCCCACUUCCUAACAGACCAGCCUACAAAAUGGGUCCAGAUGAGACAAAGGAGCUCCAACGCCAAAUCGAAGAGCUUCUAACAAAGGGAUGGGCACGAGAAAGCUUGAGCCCAUGUGCGGUUCCCGUCAUCUUGGUGCCUAAAAAGGAUGGAAGUUGGCGAAUGAGCUUAGAUGAGCAUGUUGAACAUGUGAAGCUUGUUCUUGAUGUACUUCGAAGGGAAAAGCUCUAUGCUAACCUUAAGAAGUGCUCCUUUUGUACUGAUCAACUUGUCUUCCUAGGCUUUGUUGUGAGUAAACAGGGAAUCAAAGUGGACGAGGAGAACGUUAAAGCAAUUCGAGAAUGGCCUACUCCAAGCACGAUAGGUGAGGUACGUAGCUUCCAUGGUCUUGCUAGUUUUUAUAGACGAUUUGUUAAAGAUUUUAGUACCAUUGCUGCACCUCUAACUGCUGUAAUUAAGAAAAAUGAGCCAUUUGUGUGGAGAGAUGCUCAAGUACGUGCUUUCCAAAUGCUUAAACAUCAACUCACACAUGCACCACUACUUGCAUUACCAUGCUUUGACAAGAUGUUUGAAAUAGAGUGUGAUGCAUCUGGGGUGGGUAUUGGAGCUGUCCUAAUGCAAGAGGGCAAACCAAUUGCAUACUUUAGUGAAAAACUCAAUGGGGCAGCUUUGAACUAUUCCACUUAUGAUAAGGAGUUGUACUCCUUAAUCCGUGCUUUAGAAACUUGGCAACAUUACUUGAGACCAAGGGAAUUUGUCAUACACACUGACCAUGAGUCGCUUAAGCACAUUAAGUCACAACACAAGUUGAAUAAGCGUCAUGUUAAGUUGUUAGGAUUUGAAUUAGUCAAAGAGUUAUACACCAAUGACCCAGAUUUCUCAGGUAUUUAUGACUCUUGUGGUUCAGCAACUCAAGGGAAGCACACGGAGGUGGCUUGA